CGCGCAGGAUCCUCCGCCUUCGCGCUCGUCUGCGAGCCCUCGCAAUUACCUGUUUGAGCAGAGCUGAUGUGAGCGCGAGUUGGCGAGCGGAUGCCACGUUGGGAGAGGAGCCAAGACUGAGCAGCGCGAGGAGCAAAGCGAGCCGGGCGCACGAGGACACCUUGAUUUAUUCCACCUGUUUAACUUAAAAAGAAAUAAAAACAAAAAUCUAAAGUGGGUUUUAACAAACCUUCGAAACAGAACAGAGCUGUCUGAGGAUCUGUGAGAGUCGCCAGGAUGAUGCACUUGUUGUCCCUCCUCUUCUCCGCGCUCCUGUGCCAAGUCACGGGUUUGGAAACUGUCAUCGGCCUGUAUGGGAAAACGGUGGAGAUUCCUUGCAACAUUAAAAUCGCUAAAGUCGAAGACAUCAUGUUGACUAAAUGGAAAUAUAGCAAUGAACCGUCGGUGUCUGGAGACCUUCUGAUCAAGCAGAAGAACGAGAAUGCCACGGUCUCCGCUACAAAUGAAUACAAGCACCGCGUCAGCAUGGCGGCAAACUUUAGCCUCUUGCUUGCUGAUGCCAAACUGACCGACCAGCACACCUUCACCUGCUUGAUGGUGUAUGGUGGAGAUAUUAAAGAAUAUUCAUUUAAGCUGGUUGUCCAGAAGUUGCCUGAACCUCUUUUUAUAACUGAGAAAGCAGAAGCUCUGGAGAUUGGCAAACGCACGAAGCUCGGAACAUGUGUUGCAAAAAAUGGUAAUCCAGCUGCAAACAUUGUAUGGCUGAAGAACAACAAAACCCUUUCUUCUGAUGGAAACAGAAUUUUGAUCAACGAAACUGUGGUUAAACAACCUGGGAGUGAUCUGUUGACUGUGGCGUCCACGCUGCAGUUUUCUGCCGAGAAGGACGACACAGGUGCCCAGUUCAGCUGCAGGGCUGAGCACCCACAGGGUCGUGACCUUGUGUCCCCCCCACAGACCUUUACCAUCACCUACUUCACGGAAAAUAUUGUUCUUAAGGUCGACCCCAAAGAUCCAGUCGUAGAGGGAAGCAACGUGACUCUGAUGUGUGUGGCAGAUGGAAACCCUCCUCCCACCAGCUUUAACUUUGACCUUAAGGGAGAAUUGGUGAAAAUGAAAAAUGCAAACACUUACACCAUCACAAACAUCUCACGCAACAACAGCGGGGAAUACAAAUGCUCUCUAGCUGAUAACCCCUCGAUGGAAGCAACAAUGAACAUCACAGUAAACUUCUUAGACAUCAAAUUAUACCUAAAUAAGACAGUCAUCAGACGCGCAGGCGGUUCUUUGAAUCUAAGUCUCGACAUUGAUUCCUCUUCAAAACCAACGGUCUCCUGGACAAAGGGGGGUGUUAAAAUGAACAAAGACCCCAAGAACACCGAGCUUGCCUACUCAGAUGCUGGUUUCUAUGAGUUGGAGGUGACAAUGGGCCCCCUCCGUAGAAAGGCAUCUUUUCAUCUGAUUGUCGAAGGUGCUCCGGUUAUCAGAAAUCUGCUCAAACAGCAUGAUAAAGACGGCCACCAUAAAGUCUUAAUUUGUGAGGCCGAAGGUUCCCCAAAGCCAGCUGUUUCCUGGAACAUCAAUGGCACUUUGAUUGAUGAGAAAUCCUUCGACAAUGGCACGAUAACACACAAGAUCGCAGUGGUGCCCUCUGCAAAUCUGAGUGUAACUUGUACAGUGUCCAAUUCUUUUGGCAUUGAUACCAGAGUUAUAAACGUAUCUUCCCUAUUUGAGGAUGUGAGAGUGGAUAAACGAGAUCCAUCUGAAGAUGAUGACAAAACCAAACUAGUUGUUGGAGUUGUAGUCGGUCUCCUCGUGGCAGCAUUGGUCAUAGCCGUGGCUUACUGGAUUUACAUGAAGAAAUCCAAGCAAGGAAGCUGGAAAACUGGUGAGAAAGAGAAUGGGUCUUCUGAGGAGGAGAAAAAGUUGGAGGAAAAGGUGGAGGAGAACAGCCAGAAAGCUGACGUGUAAACAAAACCAUUCCUGAAAGGGUGAAGUGAAAGUGAGGACACAGAACUUUUGCACAUUUCUCUUCACCUCUGUACUGGGAAACAUUAAGCAAUGUACAUUCGGAUGACAACAGCUUGGAAUUGGUUUCAGGGACAAUUUUACAAAAAGCAUAUCCAGACAUCUCUCACCCCUCCACCAAUUAAAAAAAAGAAUGGAUACUGUAUGUGAUACAUAAGUUGUCUGCACUACUGAUACAUGUGUACACUUGUCUACCAUUAGGAUUCAUGUUUGUUAGAAUGAAAUUUUGGAAAGUGAGAACAUGCAGACCUUUGUUUGUUUUCUUAGUUUGAUGCAAGUGUAGUUACUCCUAGAACCGUUGCCUUUGCUGUAAGGAUGCAUAGGUGUGCGUUAGUCUGUGUUUGACUCUUUGGCUCUUAAGGAAGUCGCAGGAACCAAGGGACGUUUCCAUUGCUUCUUAUUUUCAUGCCAUCUCAGGCCAACCACCUCUGCCUUCAGUGUCAGUACAUAGUAAAUCUGUUUGUUUGUGCAUUUAUUUCACUUUGUAAAUUUAUUGGAUGAAAAAAAUUGAAGAUCAGAUUUCUGGAAGGACUAAGGGUACAGUGCCUUAAGAAAGUGUUCAUAUGCCUCUGAACUUUUCCAUAUUGUGUUCUGUUACAAUCACAAAUCUCAAUGUAUUAUAUUGGAAUUUUGUUUGAUACAGCAACACAAAACAGUGCAUUACUGUGGAGUUCAAAGAAAAUCAUACAUGGUUUCUGUUUUCUUUUUG